CAAACUAUUAUCUUUCUUUAGUGUCUUCAUUUAUAUUAGCAACUGCUACUGGCUACGUCCGCGUGGUUUGAAAUUGAUCAAUAACGACAAUGUUCGGGGAUGACUUGUUUUCAUGCUUUUUGCCGGGAAAUUUCUUUUCGAAUUCGAUGAUGAAUGAUAAUCAUUUCAGUCGGGCGCUCAUGGCUCAUGAGAGGGCAUUCAGACAUGUACAUCAAGAAUUCCAAAGAGUCGCGCAAGAAAUAUUUGAUUCUUCAGCGCUACCUAGACAGUUUUUCAAUUCGCAAUUCAGAGAUAUUUCCAUAAUUCCACCUGAUCGAGGUACUCAAAGAGUAACGCUAAGCGAUCCAAAUGAUAUAGUUGGUAAUUCACGCGUACACAGGCAUAGAAAUAAUGAUCCUGUGACAUUCGAAAGAACCAGACUGCAAUGGUAUGACUCGAAUACUCGUAGGUCAUUCUUGCCUGAGCCACCUGCCCGUCCUAAAGUAUUAGGAUUUAUGAAUGCUGAUGAACUGAAAAAACUUCCUACGAGCAUUUAUAGAAUUAAAAAGACCUCAUCAACAAGUGAAGACACAUUUACAUCACCUAAUGCGACUACAAAUUCAUCAAAUGCUCCUAAUAUUGUACCUGUUCUUAAUGAAAACCAAAGUAAUAUGACACCAUCUGGUGGUACACAUUAUCUUGAACCAGAAUCAAAAACAACUACUCUUGUCCAAAUUCAGCCAAUACAAUCAUCUCCAGCACGUGGUCAUCCUGAAUGUGAAAUAUGUUUAAUUGAAUAUCAAGAUAAAGAUCGCCUCCGCCAUCUUCCUUGUGGACAUGCAUUCCACAUGAAAUGUAUUGACGCCUGGCUAAAACAGUCAACAACUUGUCCGAAAUGUCGUGCUGGUGUUCGUGCUGGACUUGCUCGGUUAGAACGCAACCGUCAGCGACAGAGAGCUCAAUCAAAUAGUGGGACAACUUCGAAACCGACGCCCAUACGAGCUGUUCGUUCACGUCCAGGUGCAUCAACUUCAAAUGUUCAAGAACAGCAUCGUCCAUCGAAUUCCAGACAAGUUUCGCAAACAACCAAUAGAAAUCAGAUAACCAAUCAGAGUUCUGUUGUUGGGACUGCUUCCGAUACACAGAAUAAUCGUACUACUCGCAGUCGACCUAAACCUUCAGCUGCUUCAACUUAUGCUACGUCUACCAUUUCUACUAAUCGCACUACAAAUGCUCCAGUUAAUCAACGAAAUCAACGUUCCGUUUUGCAACCUGGUUCCAAUCAGCAAGGUUGUUCAUCAGAACUUAAUAAUGAAAACCACGAUGAAGAUGAUCUUAAGCAUCUAACUAAUAUUAAACCCAGUACUCGUGAAAAUACAGUGUCUCAAAAUAAAGUUAACGAGUCAAUUAUCGCUCGACGGAAAGCUGUUGAAGCAGCUUUGAAAAGGGCGGCCUUAUCAGAAACUAUUCAAUAACAGAUUGAAGGAAAUCCACUUCCAACCUCAACAUAAGACAUAUAAUUAUCAGUUUAUUCUAUACGCCUAAUAUCAUUUGUUUCUUCACUUACUCAUCUAUUCAUUAAACAAUUGCCCUCGAACUCAAUCGAAAUAUGAUUAUUGCAGAUAUUCAAUGACUCAUGUGAUUAUAUUUUACUAUCAUUUUCAUUAUUAUUGUCAUUGUUAUCAUUAAUAUUAUUGUUCUAGGAAACUUAUUUCUUUCUUUCGUUUGUGUAGUUUACUCGUAUUUUUUUCCACAUUCUAUCAUUACAUUACUUGUCUUAUGUAUGUUAUAGUUACAGAGCAGUAUGAAAGUAUCUAGAUAAUUUGGUCAGUUUAUUUGUUAAAGUUCAAACUACUUUAAAUGUUAGCGAUGUUUUUUCUUCAAAACAGAACACAUAAAAGAUAAAAAGGGAAAGAACUCUAUCUUGGUCACAUAUUCAAUUUUAUUGGCGUAGAUAUUUGCGCAUUUCGAAAAUGUUCAUGGUAAUAAUAUUACAGAGUUUUCUUCGUUCAAGAAUUAUAUAAUCUUUUGACUUAUAGAUAUACAUUUUUAAAACAACGAUGUACUAUCAUUUUAAUCGGCUUUCAAUAUUUGUGUCAUUCUAUGAGUUACUU